AAUUUGGGAAAGUAACGGUAAACUCUCAGUAUGAACAUCAACCCUACAAAGAAAACGAAAGUAAUCUGGCACUAAUAUUUUCCUUCUUGGAAAAAAAUCUGAUUUUUCAAACAAUAAUAAUAAUAAGGACUUAAGCAGGUGUAGAGGAGAGUGGGGUAAGAUGAGCCAUUUUUCAUAUUUUGGAUCACUACAUCAAGGCAAUCAUAGUUUUGUCUCUAACUAGUGUAUCUGCAUAUAUUUCAAGAUGUUGUGCAUCCCUGCAAACCAACAGAUUGAGCGUAAACAUAACUGUUUGAUAAUAUGGCAUGCCAAAAAAAAAGUGGUCUUCUAUGGUCAACUUACCCCGUGUAUGGAGUAAGUUGACCAUAGGAGUGGGGCAAGUUGAGCCGUAUCCCUACUAUCCCCCACUCUCCACCCCAGCCCUCCCUCACCUUAUCUCUCCCUAAAUAGCAGUCACUUCUUCACAUACACACAUCAAAUGGUACAAUAUUUUUUUUUUUAUUAUUGUAUAUAACUGCUAAAAAGCUGUUUUGUAAAAAAGUCAUUUUGACAUGAGAAUGCCUUUAAGUGAUUCAGGACAGUCACAGCUGUAUUUUUGAUAAAAAAAAAGUAAAACAUUUCAACAAUUUGAACUGAAACUCUGAUCCUCUCAUCGGACUCCUUUACUUUCUCAGUUGAGCCAGUGGCUCAACUGAGAAAGUUGAACUAUUAUUAUAUUAUUAUGAACUAUUAUUAUGACUUUAUUAUUCCUCUAAGUUAAAAUGGUGGAAUUUUACGCUCGGUUUUUGACCUCAUGUUGUAGCUCAUAGAUACCACAAUUGAUGUAGAAAACAAAUUUAAAUGAUCUUUUUUGGUCCGAACACUAUUCUAAUAAAAAAUUAUGACAGACUAAAUUCACUUUCAAGAGUGAAAAAUGUUUUUUUUUGUAAAUAAAUGUCUAGCCCCUUCACCCAUGUGCUUCUAGCCUUCACAGACUCCAUGAAUUGAUGCCCAUCUCAUAAAUAUUUGAUCACAUGAUUCAUUUCUUUAACCAUUUCCAAGCAACAGGGGGUGGCUCAACUUACCCUCUGGCUCAACUUACCCCACUCUCCCCUAUCUGUGUAAGGUUCAUCAGCACUUAACAUCGAGUUAAUACCUUCUCUGGUGUCCCUGUGAAGAGAAAAACUCCUCCUCCACAGGACAGAAAGUCCUCAUAGGCUGAUGAGGCUUGUCUGUGGUAUGUUUCAUAUUAUGAAGCCAGUGUGGAGAGGCUUUGUUGUUGCGCUCACAGGCGGUUGAUUCGUGCUGUCUGGGUGGACUGCAGCAUCUUGUAGCUCCGCCCUCGAUUAUCCAGCCUGGUCGACGUGCGGUUGCUGCGCAGCGCGUGAAAGCAGAAGCGUCCGACUCUCGGCUCGGAGGGAGAGUGGAAGAGCUUGGAUUAAUGUUGUUGUAGCGGAAAAACCUUCGCUCCACACUCACACACAACCACCGCUGCAGUCAGAGCAACCGUGUUUACCUCUCACAGCUGGUAUACGGAAUAAAAACAGCGCAGGAAGGGAUUGAAACAGUAUUUUCUCACGCUGAGAGAAGUUUGUACGCGGACUUUCAGGAGGAGUUUGGGGCUGUGGGCUGACUAGAGCUAGCCUGGCUUGCCCGCUGCUCUCCCCUCCUGCCCCGGUCAGCCAGCCGUGAGUUAGCCCGCUGUUUUGGUCUGCUUCCAGCUGUGGAGAAUCAUGGCGCUCAGAGCCAGGGCGCUGUACGACUUCAACUCGGAGAACCCCGGAGAGGUUUCAGUGAGGGAGAAUGAGGUUUUAACUUUGUACAGCGAGCAAGACAUUGAUGGCUGGUUUGAGGGGGCGAACAGCAAAGGAGAGAGGGGUCUCUUCCCCGCUUCCUACGUGGAGAUACUAAGAAACGACGCCGCCUCCACGUACAACAACAACAGCUGCAGCACAUCUGGGGACACUUACCCGGACUCUCGAUAUGCCAACAUCCCAUCCGGAGGUUUUGACGGCUCAAACAAGCCUCAGAAUAACUUUUCUAAACCCUCUCCGCCUGCUUUCUCCACUUUCUCUCAACCACCACCAGUACAGCAGCAUCCACCGCAGCAGCAGCCCAUCUACCAGCCCAGUCCAGGCAGCGAUGAUGACUGGGAUGAUGACUGGGAUGACAGCUCCACUGUUGCAGACGAGCCAGGAACUGUUGGAGGCAGGUACCACGACUAUGAAGGAAACGGACCAUCUACCUACAGAGUCACGACAUCCUCUAUGUCCAGAGGGAACGCACAGCAAGCCAAGAGCUCAGCCACAGUCAGCAGAAACCUGAACAGGUUCUCCACCUUCGUGAAGUCAGGAGGAGAGGCGUUUGUGCUCGGGGAGGCAGCAGGAUUUGUAAAGGAUGGGGAUAAGAUCUGUGUGGUGAUGGGUCAGUAUGGUCCUGAAUGGCAGGAAAACCCUUACCCCUUUUCUUGUACCAUUGAUGACCCGACCAAGCAGACCAAGUUUAAAGGCAUGAAAAGCUACAUCUCCUACAAGCUGACCCCCACACAUACGCAGACCCAGGUGAACAGAAGGUAUAAGCACUUUGACUGGCUGUAUGCUCGACUGGUGGAGAAGUUUCCUGUCAUCUCAGUGCCGCACAUCCCUGAGAAGCAGGCCACGGGGCGCUUUGAGGAGGACUUCAUCUCUAAGAGAAGAAAAGGCCUCAUAUGGUGGAUGAACCACAUGACCAGCCACCCUGUCCUGUCCAAGUGUGAUGUUUUCCAGCACUUCCUCACCUGUAACAGCGCAGACGAAAAAGCCUGGAAGCAGGGCAAGAGGAAGGCGGAGAAGGACGAGAUGGUUGGAGCCAACUUUUUCCUCACCAUUAGCACCCCUGCGUCUCCGCUGGACUUCCAGGAGGUGGAGAGCAAAAUAGAUGGAUUCAAGACUUUCACCAAGAGGAUGGACGACAGCACCUUGCAGCUGAACGCCACUGUCAACGAGUUUGCCCGCAAGCAGAUCAGCGGCUUCAAGAAGGAGUAUCAGAAAGUGGGGAUGUCCUUCAAAGUCCUCAGCCAAGCCUUUGAAAUAGACCAGCAGGUGUACUCAGCUGGGCUCAACCAGGCCAUCUCUUUCACCGGAGACGCGUUUGAAUCCAUCGGGGAGUUUUUUGCUGAGCAGCCCAGCAGGGAUCUAGACCCCAUUAUGGAUUUGUUGGCUCUUUACCAAGGACAUCUGGCAAACUACCCAGACAUCAUCCAUGUCCAGAAAGGUAAAAAAAAAAACAACAACAACAACAACACUGUUACACUUUUCUCUCAUUGUCACACACUUUGUCAAGAGCUUUCCAUGAAUGACAACAGGGUUUAAGAGUUGUCGUGAAUGUUUUGGUAUUUUUUGCCUUUUUUUUCGUCAAAAUAUUGGAUAAUAGAAAAGAUUUUUAUGGCUAUAGCAGAAAUUCAACUUUAAAAUGUCCAACACAACAAAUUUUCAAAGAUUGAAACACCAGGAGAAUCUCACUAAACUUUACAAAUUCUCUAUAAACUAGUAUUUCAGUUCCCAACAAAUGAUGUAUAGAAUAAAUCAACAUGAAACCCGUGGAAAUGGUAAUCCACCCCCCCAAGCCACAAGUUUUGCUCACACACAGUCAACAGGUUUUAAAGUAAAGACAUAAGUCUAUUUGCAGGCCUUACAAACAUAAACAUCCUCAUUUGUUUUAGGCAGUUUAAUCAGCAGCAGACAGCAGUCACGUUACAACUACAGCUCUUGCCACUUUGCUAAACAAAUAAGCCGUGUUUGCAUUUGGAAAUCGGUCCACAUGCUCCUGCCCCUGAUUGUCCACCUGCUGAAUCAAACAAGCAGCUCCUGUUUGGCUGUGCUUCAUUUUCCAUCGCAGAGGAAGUACAGCAAGUCAGUGCCCGGGAGAUGGAGAAUUUCAUACCUGCUUUUUCAAUCACUACACGGAUGCAAAAUAGGAUUAGCAGCAGAACCUUCCCAAAUGUCUGUCUAGUGUUAUACCGUCCAAUCUAGGCCAUCCUCCUACGUGACCCUAACGCAACGAUUGUUCUCAUUGUGUGGCUAAAUGUCACUCUUGUGAGAGCCAACACUGUUACGCAAGAGGCCCGGCAUUAUGGCAGUAAAAAGGAAGCUCUCACUUGUGUUUACAAUGUGUAGAAAUUCAGCACAAUCACUUCCCUCUGAUGCAAGAAAGAAAUGAAUAUUAACACGCAACUAAAAUUUAAUUGCUUUUUUUCAUGUUUCAUUCACCGCAGCAGACUGUUUCCUGAAAAUGGUUGUGCUGCGGUGAAUGGCUGCCAGAUAGAACAUCCGUAUUAGAAUCACAUGAAACUGAAACAUCACCAUGUAGGGCACCGUAUUAGACAUGGGUCUGUGUAUGCUUACAAGACUAAAGGAUGAACUAAUCCUUUCAUUCCACGCAUUAUUGACAGUCCCACUGCUCCAACCCACUGUCUCUCAGAUCAAGUGAGGUAAUGCUUUUUUUCACCCACCAAUCACAGUCCCCCCUGCAGCGUCUGCUGGUCUCUAAUCAAUCAGAGAUACAAGUCCAGAAACAGACUGUUAAACCACAACUUUUAAUGGUAAAACAGUCGGGCCACUGAAGUUAAAUAUUUCACAGGGAACUUGUUUAUGAGGAAAAAUGAAUUACAUCUCUGGAGGGAGGCGUGUUUUGUUUUAGUGGCCCACAUUAAGCUUACAUAAAAAUAUUCUAACAAAGCAAUCCCACACAAACUGUCCCAGCUUCCCCUGUCUUCGAAAUUUAAGCAGAAAUACACACUUUUAUCAUCAGAUAGUCAAGUUACAACACAAGCUCUUCGUGGUGCAGACGCUGUCUCACACUUUGUCUGCUUUUUAAACUUUUUCUGUGCUUAAAAGGUUAAAGACCCUAACAUCCGUUUUUGCCGUUAAGGAAGACUUUUUUUUCUUGUCUGUGUAAACUUCUGGUGUAAGGAUAAACCUUUGUGACCUCAGCAGGCCACAAACAUGCAAUAUUUAGGUGCCAAAACUACUGGUACCUCCUUGUGUCCAUCUUUAAAAGCUGAUUUGUUCUUCCAAAUUAGAUAAAUAAAUGGGAGUGAUCAUUACCUGAGAAAAACACCACUACAUUACGCCAUCUGUGUGCAUAAUAGAAGCUGCUAGUGAGCCUAAUUUCAUCCCCCAAACUCCACACCUUGUCUGUGUCCAUCUAUGUUUAUCAUCCUCAUCCCCUUUCAAACACUGAGCCAUUCACUCCACUGUAGACAACAGCAGGGGAAACCCCACAGACUCUGUUUAGGCUACACUGGGACACAAACUUCCCAGUCAGCUCAAAUCCAGUCUUCCAUGUAGGCAGCACACAGCCCAAAUAAGGUGACGCAGUCAGUUCCACAGCGCGGUGUGAUAAGCCUGGCCUAAUUCCACAGAUAAGAAACUCUGAUUUGAUACCACACAUGGAAGACCUUGCUGCAGGCGCAGUGGAAAGAUGACAGAGCGUAGUGAAACAGAGUUACACCACACCACAUGGGAGACUGGGAACAAAGCUGAUGGGAGAGCUGUACGCAGAAUACUGAAUCUGGAAAUGCUUUGAUGUCAUCCUGAUUUAAGGGGAACCGAGGCUGCUGGGUCGCUCUGAUUAUUUUGAUGUAGGUUAAAGCGGAUGAUUUCUUCAUGCAGUUACGCUGACAAAGAAACAAAAUCGUUCCUUAUGUCAUUUUUGCUUAUGAAGAAAUUGGAAGUAACGACACAAUACGAGACAGUAUGGUAUGUUAGGAGAUGAUAAGAUAAGAUAAGCGUCCUCUUGGGCGAGUUUGUCUUGAACUAAAGCUGUGCACACACUCAACGAGGGGUGGGAGAAAAAAUCCAUACAGCAUAGUAUCGCAAUAUUUUGUCUAGUGAUAUAUCGUGUUGUCUAAUUUACCAUGUAUGGAUUUUUUCAAAUUAAUUGUUAAUAUGAAGUCAAAUCUAUGAUAAUGGAAAAAUAAAAUCAACUGUUUAUCCAAUGAGGUUGGCAGAGGUGACAUCAUAGAGCAGGACAAAGUGAAGGUCCUUACACACCGGGGCAGACGCGAAUAUAGAACAUGAAAUUAAGAAAUAUUCAGAGGUGGAUUUUGACGAGCCUGACUAAACACAUCAAGCCCAAUGUGAUUUUGCGACUUUCGGGGGGAAAAAAGACGCAUCCCGGGGAAAGCCCCGCCUCCUUCGCCGAUUGGCUAGAAAAGCUGGAAAUGUCAUCACACGCCCAAGCUAAAUGGUCAGCACUUAUGGCCAAUCAGAGGCAAUAAGAUAAGCACAUGAAACUAUGGUAACAACCGUUAGCAUACGUUAGCACAGGUGAAAGUUAAAACAAAGACGUUAAGCAAACUGUUAAAGCACACAAACCAUCAUCAUAUGAGAGAUCCAACGCUGUGUUGUCCUUCAGGUCGUUUUCUUUGUAAUAUUUGUGUCUUUUAUCAAAAAGCACUCUGUUCUCCAACACGUAAACAAUCAGCUGGUCGGCCAUGUUGGAUAUACCAGUGAAUCAGACGUCGCAACAACAUGCUAUCUGGUUGGUCAGAAGUGGACACACAGAAUGUGAAACUUAAGAAAAAUUGACCAUGAUCCAAAAAAAAAAAUGCCGCAAUAUCACGAGACGGGAAAACGUCACUGAUGUGAACGCUUGUAUUGACAGGAUACGGGUUCGAAAAAAAAUAUUGACGUCCAAAAUAAUCCCACGACAAAACGGUCCCGUUGUGAAAGAACCUUUAGACAAAUGCUGAAUUAGCUAAACAGUUGAAAAAAUUGUUUAGAUCACAAUAUAUUGUAUUGCAGUACUCACUGUUCUGCAAAAUGUUUAAAAUCGCAAUAAUAUGGUAUUGUGGCCCAAGUAUCACGAUAAUGUCUUUUAGUGGGGCCACUGGUGAUUCCCACUCCUACGCUCAACUGUCUCUACAGUAGUACUAAAAACUAAUAAAUAAAAAUAUGACCGAAAAAGAAACCCCAGAGAAGUUCUGACCAUAGAAAACAUAAUAAACACACAGUUUAUCCCACGCUAUCUUGAGUGCACAAUAUCUGCACAUGACAACAUAAACAAACUAAGAUGAUAAGCUGCUAAAGGUGCAGUGUAUAGUUUUUAGAGGAGGAGACAGAGUAGUUAUUGUCGUUGUACACGUAGGAGUUUGGUUUGAUGGUGGAUUUUGAUCGUCAAAUUUGAUUGUAUAAUCGUGCAUUACAGGAGCUUCUUGUCCCCUAUGACAACCCUGACUAUUUCUUCACACCCGUGCGAGCAAGGGCAGGUUUCAGACUAAAACCUGAUGUCUAGAUUUAACCAAAACAAAGAUCUAUAUCUACACACUGCACCUUUAAGAACACCGUGAGACUAUUGCACAAGCUGUGCAGCCUAAAGAAACAUGAUUACACACAGUAUAAACUCCAACCUAUCUUCUGUUCAAAGCCGAGCAUGCGCCUCCUUGUCUGUGUUUGCCAGUACCUACAGGGCUCCAUUAUGCAGCAAAGGCAGUGACAGUGAUGUAACGACACAGUUAAUGUCCAUGCGGUACAUUAAAUACAGCCGCUCUCUCCAUCCUGACCUGACGGCUGAAUAGCUGCUUGUUACCCAAAUUGCCUGCAUGUUUCUAGGGAGCGUUCAACGCAAACACCCGCUGCAGAGUUACAUGACAUUUAAGCUGUAAAGUCCAGUUUAAACUCCCUCCUCCUCUGCUGGAGGUUUUGCACAACUAUUCAGACCUUAAUAACUGUUAAAACUACAAAUGUGUAAUUGUUACUGCAACCAUAAGAACAGAUAUCAGCAUUUUUCUUUACACGUAUAUGUUUGUGUCGAGAAAAAACUGCUUAAACCAGUUUUGAGCAGCAUUUUUUCUGGCCCCUGUUUGUCUUCUUAUGUCAUAUUUUGCAUUCUGUCACAUAUCUUGAAACAGCCUCAUAUUUUCAGCCUUCUGUUGGUCUAUCUUGUGUUUCUAGUUUUAACAUUUCUGAUAAAUGUGUGUCAGAAAUACUCUAUCAUUUCUGAGUUAUAAGUAAGCUCACAUCUGAAGAUUUAAACUCAGCAUAUUGAAAUCUGCAGGAGCUUGCUCAGUUACUGCUGAUAACUUACCACUGUUGCUUUCUUUGGGGAAAACCCAAAUAAGCAUUCAGUGUUAUCAGCUCUGGAUUCCACUUUUAGCUCCCUAUAUCAGUCACACUAGAACCUGAGGCACCAGACAGGUUUUUAUUUGAUCCCAUCAGCCCCACAUCAGGACACAGAGCAGCACCCGAUCGAUCCCUGGCUCCCCAGGGACAACAUUAGCCACUAUAGCACAGAGCUACACUGGAACAAAAGCACUGAUAUCAUAUAUUGAGCGUCUCCUCCUUUAUUUUUGUACGGUUUUAUUUCCGUCCUAAUCUGGCAGAAAGCCUUUGACGGCAUUAGGACAGGUUUUGUUGUGUUUUAUUAUUUGAAGCUCUUAAGAAGAGAAAGGAAGGAGGGAGAUGGUUUCAUAAAAAUAGUCCAUACUCUGAGUGAACUCUGGUGUGAGUUUAUGUCUGUUAUGAGACCAAAGAAGCUACAUUUAUUCUUAUGCAUGAAGAGACAUGCUUAAACUUAGCAUUAUUGGAGCUACUGUAUAUACAGUCUUUGAAUAGUCCUGCAGCUUUUGUCGGGGUGAAAAAACGCACGUCUCCUUUUUUAACACCGCUUAUUUCAUCUUGUGAAUAUUGAGAUGCAGACAGAUCAGCUGCUGUAAGUUCUUGUUCAAACACUUUCUCAGUGAGAUAAUAUUGACCUUGCCUGCAGUGCUGUUUAGAGGAUAAACUUGUUUUUAACUUUAGACUGAGGCAUGUUAUCAUUUUAGCUAAAAGAAAAGAGCAACAGCCCCGUCUUCAGAAAUAGAAUCAAGUUCUUAUCAGGUCAGAGAAACGCUUCAGACUCUAGGUCUAUAGCAGGCUGAGAAAACGGUCUACUGAGAGAACAAACUGGUUACAUAAAGGUGAAGAGGUGUGUGUUUGAUCACAUUUGCAUACUGGAGUUCAGAAUUCAAUCGGUUUGUUCUGUGUACAGAACAUUAAGCAUGAAAAGACUGACUGUGGUAAAUUAAGGUUAAGUAAAUAAGUCGUGGAGUUGGUGAAGUGCCUUCAGCUCGUGCCUUUUUAAUCCACUCUUCAUCUUCUCUUUUUUUACAUACAGAGCUUCUUUCUGAUCUCAUCAAACUUUUAUCACUUAAAGGGAUAAAACAACAACAGAAACAAUGAGCAAACGAUGAUGGUUUUAAGAAAAGUCAAACUCUCGGCUGAUGAUCCCUCUGUGCGCAGCGCACUGCAGGACUGUCUUAUAUGUCAUUACAGGCUAUUUAAACACCCCGUGGUGCACAGAUGGAUGACAGAGGUGGUGCAGCGAUGAGGUGGGGAUUGCCGCUGGUUGAUCAGGUCAGCGGCUCGCAGCAGCUCGUGUUGUGUAACAGGAGGAUUACGUAAGAGCUGAAGCUGCAGCCUGCAGGGAGUCCAGGGGGAUUCACUGCCACCUCCAUAGAGCCAGGGAGGAUUUCUAUCAGAGGAGUUAUAUCUUAUUUAUAAUGUGACACUGCUGUAUGCUACAAGCCUCAUUAAUCACUGUAGAUGAUGCUGCUUUCCAAGAUGAAUCAGAGCCUGUGUUUUUAAUCUUUUUCAGCAUAAUGUGUCUCUUUCUGUGCUCUGUUUUUCUCUCAGUAACUGUAAAUAAUGAAGGUAACGCUGGCAGAAGCAAAAGCAGCAGUUUCAGAUUUGAUUCAGUCGUACUUUCACAGUCUACCGGGGCAUAAAAUCACUUUUAUUAACAUUCUUAUUGUUCAAAAAGAGGAACAAAAGGGAUACACAUGAUUUACUUCUUUCAGAAAAUCUCUGCCUCUCAAACUCUCAGGUGGGUUUUGGACUGCUUGCAAGACCCCCCAUGGCUGACUGAAGGCUGAUUCAGUGAUCAUGCUGAUAAUUCUGCAGCUUGAACAACCAAUGCAAGAAAAAAGAAGUAUUUGCAGGUUAACUGAUGGUUGAUCUCAACAGGCAGCCUCUGACCAUGACAGCAGGAAAUAAGGGCCUGUGUCCAUUAACGCCUUUUCUUGCACUUUUCACUGACACUUCCUGUUGCGAGGUUACAACAGUUCUCUCACGCUUCUUCUCUUGGUGAUCACUGUUAACUCUUUUAUAGCUGCUCUGAAUGCGCUAUACUUGCUUUCAUUCUGCGAUAUUUUACAUACAAAUACAUAUAUGUAUGUUUUAUAUAUCUAGAUAGAUAGAUAGAUAGAUAGAUAGAUAGAUAGAUAGAUAGAUAGAUAGAUAGAUAGAUAGAUAGAUAGAUAGAUAGAUUAGAAUAGAAUACUCAUGUGGUUACUUUCUCUUCUGUAUAGACAUCUGCCAUCGUUGUUGACCAAGCUGGUAUCUGAGGUGGGGAUGGAGAAGUGACAUUGAUGAGUGUUGGUUGAGCUAUUUUCAACUGAGAGCACCGUGAACACAGAGAGUGGAGAUGUUGCUCAAAGUCUUUCCGUGCUUAAGCCACUUGGUGCAGAAAUGCUGAGCAGCAUUGGUUUUGCUAAGGGUUAGGGUUCAAAAUAGGUGCGGUUCAUGUGAAAAAGCACCAUUAUCGAUCCUGAUGAGUAAGCAUGCAUGAGAUGAUCAAACGCAGGAUAGUACGAGAGUUAAACCUCAGGCCAAAGCACACAAAAAUACACAUUUAUGACUGAAUAUUUUAUGAUGGGACAAGUAUGACAAAGUUCCUGAAAUCACUUGUUACAGUAUAUCUCAUAAAUUUAGGCUCCAUUUUUGACUAAAUAUGUGGUUAAUUGAAAAAUAUCCAGCGGAAAAUAACCAACAAAGCAGAUAAUUAACAUUUUCAGCCCUGCUUGCAGCAGCUGUUAUAAUAAAGUGUCUCAAUUUAGUUUGCUAUGACUGAAGUCUUUGUAUUUUCAUAUAAAGUUUCCACGGCAACAAUGAUUCCCCUUUAGUCCAUUAGUGUGCUCUUAAAGUGCAGGAAGUCAGAGACCUUUAAGGUACAGUAAACACCGUGGGGAUCUGCUUUAAGUCUUUGGACAGCUGUGUUUGUUCUUGUCUUUCUCAUUUCCGCCCCCCCCGUCUCCACUCUGCUGUUAUCUCUGUGUCUCUUUCUGUCAUGUCCAAUCUGCUGUGAAUUAGAGGAAUUUCAAAGAUCUGGGUUAAACUGUGGCUGAGGGAGCGACAGCCAGAAGGCAAACUGGGCCAGUUUUAAAGGGGGAAGGGCCAUGUGGAUGUCUCUUUGGGAGGAUUUUGUCAGCAAAAUUUGUCUCUGUGCUGCUCUGAAUUGCCUUAUAUGCGAGUGGAAAGGGGCUGUGAGGCGCUUUUUUGUGGCUAGACUGAAGACAAGUGCAGGUUGAGGUCAGCAAGUCUUCUGUGGUCACAUUUCAGGAAACAAGCUCGGCUGAAUCAGACUGCUGGUGUCUAAACUCACAAUGGCUUGGAAAUCUCAUGACAGGUCAGUAGUGGAAGUUCAGCUUCAUGCUUUAACGGCACAAAUCUGGCUUUCCCCUGCUGCCUCAAAGCCGGAGAUGGAGAUGACGUCUGUCAGCUAGUUACGCCAUGCAUGAAGAUGAACUUACCUUGGUACAUUCUGUCUUUUUGAGAGAGUACAACAACUUGCUCAACACUAUAUGACAACAUUUCGCUAUAUUUCAGGCCAGUAUUGGUUUCUGUCACAUAGACAAAGAAGUAGGACAGAAAAAUUGGUCUAUUGAGUUGAAAAAGAGUACGUCUGCUGCAGGUUUUUCCAUUAGUUACCCGUCCAGGAAUGUCAGAGAUGACAGUCCCAGUUCUGUAAACUGGAAAGUAAGACACCUUGAACACAGAGAAGUGACAACCUUUUACAAUUUAUAACUGGAAUGAGGAAAUAUUCAGCAUAUUUGGCAACAUGACUUGAUGAGCAAUAAUGUGUCUGGUUAAAAAAGCCUGGAAGGCUGCAGAGUUGAUGAAAGUAGAGUUCAACGUUUUGGACUUCUCUUCUGUUUCCAGAAAAAUCAUCUUGUAAAUCUGGAAAUCAUUUUUGACAGGAGCUAAUCUUAAAGUAACACUAAAACAUGAAGAAAGAACACAUUUAUUCACAUUUAUGCCCCGUCUCUAAGAAGUGUACUCUCUCUCUCUGGUUGUCCUCUAGGAAUCUGGCUGAGACAUGUAAACAUUUUAAAGUAGUUGGAUCAGACAGAAACUCUUGGCCUGUCACUCCACCUUCCCUUCUCCUCGGUUCUUAUUGCUGGAGACGUUUCUCCCUUGACUCGGUCAGGAAAUGUCAAAAGUUGAAGAAGUCAUCUGUCAUGAGCUCAUGGUGCUGUGACCCUGCCUUCUGCUCUCAUUCAAGCAUCUGUCUGCAACUAAUUUCUGGUCUCAGCACCAGUUUGACUGAAGGCUUUUUUUUCUGCAGCAAGAAAAACUCAGCAGAGGUCUAGAGACGGGAAGAAGAAGAAGAGGCAGCAGUGACAGUUGAUAUGUGUCAAAACGGCAGGCUUGUGAAUCGACAUGACUCAACCCUGUUUUGCCACAAGCCCACCACAGUGACGGCAGCGUGUAGCUCUCUCUGGCAGUGUGGAAACACAGAGGUGUUGUAGUCUGGGCGUAAGUGAGACAUGUGGGAAUUUCUUCUUUGCAAGGCAUAGUCACGUGAGAAAUGUGCUGUGAAGGUGAGAUAACCUUGGUCAUAAUCUGCACAGUGAAAAAUGAAAAUCACACUGAUUUAAACUGCAAUAUUAAAGUUAAAUGAUACAGAUACUUAUCAAAUAAAGUUAAACUGAUCUGUUAAUAUUAGUACAUUACUAUUGUUGACAGUGCAGGACAUCUGGAUCUUGUCAUCUUUACUCUUAAAAGUGUGAUUUUAGACUCUGGAGAGGUGAGGAGGAAACAAUCUCUUGAACCAUCUGUGCUCCAGUUUCUAUGUUGAUUGUUUCCCACUUGAGGAGCGAUCCUUGAUAGCGUUGCUAAGCUACAAUUGGACAAUUGUUCUGUGGUGAGGUUUAUAAUAUCCUAACCAUGACAUCAGUAUUAAGGAAAAGCUCAGAAUAACAAAACGGGGUUGUUCACAUUUGGAAGGAAGUGUUCUGUGUUUAUUUUAUGCCCCUGAAAUCACCAGCAGUUGUUGGUCGAUGGUAUCAGACUGCCAACAGAAUUGCCUUAAAUGGUUGUUCAGCACAGACUUUGGGAAAAAACAUCAUCUAAUAGACGUUUUUUUAGAGUCCAGCCCCCUCACAUUCUCUAACCAGCUCGUCUAAUUAUUUUUAGCUAGUACUGUGAUGCUAUAAAUGUUUCUCCAGGCUUCUUCUGGAAGUCAGUCUGUCUUUGUGCGGAGUUAAAAACUCAGUAUGAGGGAAUAGAUCUGAUGUCUUGAGAAGGAAACGUAGUUGAGAACAUGGCCCAGUUGUGGGCUGGUUUUCCCACACAGAUUAAAAUAGUAUCUUGUGUUUCCUCAUCAUGAAGCAUUCUCUAAAUAAUCAAAACAAAUCUAAAGUUAGCCUACAAGCAAAACAGAUGAAACCUAGGGCUGUAAUCAACCAAGAAAUCGACUGAAACCCUGAAAUUUUUUACCAAAAAUCGACUUUUUCCAACUCUGACUUCAAACCCUUCUGCAGCGGGGGGGGCUAAUACGCGGCUGAUAUUAGCACAAAAAGAGAAUAAACACAAAUAUUACUCAGCAAACCACCAGAGUAGCUCUUCAAUCUUCCUGUCUCCGGUGGGCUGGGCAAAUCCUAAAUGGUGAAAACAUGGGGGAUAUUCCAAGACAGGCUGUUACCUGUGAAAUGGGGGUGCUUUUAAAACACAAUGUGGAAUUUGAUGUGGAAAAAAAUCGAGUUGACCAAUCAGAACUUUGGUCGACUAAGCACGUACCGACUAAUAAGUCGACCAGUUGACUAGAACUUUACAGUCCAAAUGAAAACUGACUUUUACUCUUCUCCUGUCUCCAAACAGGGGCCUUGACGAAAGUGAAGGAGAGCCAGAAGCACGUGGAGGAGGGCAAGAUGGACCGAGCUCAGGCAGAAGGCAUCAACGAGCGCUGCAACAUCAUCUCUUGCGCCACGCUGGCCGAGAUCCAGCACUUCCACCAGAUCCGUGUGCGAGACUUCAAGGCGCAGAUGCAGUACUACCUACAGCAGCAGAUAUCCUUCUUCCAGAAAAUCACGGGCAAGCUGGAGGAGGCUCUGCAGAAAUAUGACAACGCGUAAUAGGCGGCUCGUCUUGGCUUGUUGGUUUAGACGCUUGGCGACCGGUGGCCGUGCACCUUCCUCAGCCGGCCAGUGGUGAUUUGGCGCACACAGCACAUACUGCGAAUGGUGCUCAUCCAGCAGGGAGGAACAUUCGAGGAGAUUCUGCUCCAGUCAUUUCUACCAAACCCAGGUUUCUCUGUGCGUUGGCCACAUUUUUGAGGGACUGACUGUCCUCGUUUAAGCGAGGACAUGUAAUUUAAUUAACUUGUUUGACGCCUUUAGAUUGAAUGAGAUCAGUGAUAAUGGAGCGCCGCUUCUUCUUCUUCUUCUUCUUCUGGUGCAUGGGUGACUUCAAUCUAAUCAACCCUAUGACCUGCAGAGAAAGAGCCUUGUAUCUGCUGCUGCCACCUACGUACCUGGUGCAAUGUUUCGUAAAUUACAUGUUUUUAGCCUUACAGCACUGUUUUUAACUGACAGUUUUAAAGUGACUGCCACUCCAGGAGUAACAACGCUCCACUCUGCCUUCUGUAAACACACAAACUCCUCCUGGUAUCUUCUUCUUCUUCUCCUCAGACAAACAGGAAGAAAUGUUUACAGUCUUCUCCCUGAGCAGGCUCCGUCACCACUGUCUUGCUGUGCCUUCAGAUUACGUCUCUCCAGUCAUUUUUUUUUUACUAGUUACUAAAAAGCUUUAUAUUCUGUCAAUGUAGAAAUGUAAUCUAUUUGUUUUUACACAGCUACAAACUCUUCGGUCUUUGGAAACAAAACAGCAUCACUGUGUUUUGAUCAAGGGCAGGUUUUAUUGUUUGGUUGUGGGUUUUUUUUUUUCCACACUGAGACAAGUUAGCAGGUUUGAUUGAUAGGAAUCGUUGCCUCACAUAUGGCCCAGUUAGCACCAGUGUUUGCAGAGUAUAAGGGACAUGUAUGAUGGACUCGAUUUGUUAACUUCAGGAGCUGAAUUUGUCAACAGUAUGUCGGUUCUCAGACAUAGUCUUGGGGUAGCGUUGAGCGUCAGGCAGUUAGAUGGUUCCUCCCCUCUUUUAAUAAUGCAGUCUUUUAAUAGCACACUUUGCCAGCUCAACUGCUCUGCUGAUUAUAAUCAUGAAGUGGAUUACAACACGGAGGGAUUGUCAUAGAGGUGGUGAAAAAUAAAUUCCUCCCUCACAGAAAGUGA